AUGGUGGAAUAUCAUAACGUGAAUCCGGUACCAGCAAUCUUGGCAGAAACAUACUUGACCUUAACUCAAUGUCAUAAUAAAAGAAAAGGAAAGGUCAAUUGUUGUAUUGCGUUACUGGAUUUAUGGAUGCUUGGCCACCUUUAUGGAAAGAUGCUUCCUUUCAGAAAGAAGAACGACUCAGACAGUAAUCCACUCAUGUCUUUUAAGGGUCAAUUCGUGAUUGACGGAAUGAGCCACAUGGAUUGGAAAAGAACCUUUUCAGAACUCAAAGAAAGUUCCAUCUUAUGGAAACUAGACUGGUGGUGGAAAGAGGAGGUUAUUUACCAUUGUGGUGACUUUCCGAAUGUGCCUUUAAUGGGAUCCAGAAGGUGUAUCAACUAUAACCCUUCCUUAGCAUUAAAGCAACUGGCCUAUAAGCAAAAUGUUCCUUCUAAGAAAGAGGUGCAGGAGUUAUACUUUCUACAUAAGGAGGAUGGGAUAAAGUUAUCAAACCAGAAUGUCAAAAAAGCAUGGCAAAAGAUAGGGUACAAAGGGAAGAUUGAGCUAGGGAUACGCGUAGUAAACUCAAGUCCAGAAUAUACUACUUGGCUGAAGAGUAUGAUUCAAGGAGUAAAUCCUUUAUUCCAUCCUCAAAAUCCCUUAUUAGGCAAUGACUUGAAAGAGAUUAAUGGGCAACUGGUUGAAUGCUUGAAGAUGAAGGAAAAUGAGUUACAAGAGCUUGCUAGCUCAGAGUCCAAGAAUAAGGAAGAAUUGGAAAAAUACCAAAAUGAAUGCAUUGAGUUACGGAGGAAGCUAGUAAAGGAAAGAGAAGGGCAUAACCUUGAAGAAACACUUGAGACUAAGAAAUUGAAAAAGAAAAUGCCAAACUGA